AUGGAGCUUCCGAUAUAUAAGCCUUCUUCCAUCACUACCACGAUUACAUCACUAUUUGUCCAAGACAUCCCCAUAUCUAACCCUACUUUGGUUAUGCUUGGAACAGAGUUCAGAAGACUAAUGGUGAUCGGAAAGUAUAUGACAAUUCCAGCCGGAGAUGAUAAUUUCAGUGCUCAAAAUCAAAAAACUGGUGGUUUUCAGAAAACUGUUGGGGAAUUUUGGAAGAGGGAAGACAUUAUACAGAUCCCUAAAUUGCAUAGAUUCCAGGUACCGAUCGGUAGCCAAGGAAACAGAUUCAUAUACGCAUACCGUACACCGGAGCCCUUGAGCUCUGAAACUGCUGUCAAAAUUUAUAGAGAGAUUGCAAUUAUUGCUAAGAAUUCUCUGUUGUAUCUUGGUCAACCUCUAAUGACGGAGGUGAUGCAGCUGGAUGGUGGAGAAGAUGAAGUGACGAAGGGUGUGGGUGGUAUAGUAGAUGUUAAGGGUUUGUGUGUGGUGUAA